GUGGUGCGUAUUAACUCGGUUUUUUACUCGGCUAUUUAAGAGGUGGUCAAACUGCCAGACCUUAGCACAAGUCUUUUGAAGGGGCUUGAGCAUCGAGAUGGGUAAACUGCAGUCAUCUCUCGUUGUUUUGUCGGCACUUUUGUGCUUGACUUUGGGAUGGGAGCCCGGUACUCAGUACGAGUAUAAAUACAUUGGACGUUCAGCGGCUGGCAUGUACACUUUGAAGCAGCAGAAUGCUGUGAUUGAACUGCAAAGCCGUGUAAUCGUCCAAAGCAUUGAUGAGAACACCAUCGUCGUUAAACUUGCUGAUGGUCGCAUUAAGCGCAACGGUAACUUCGUUGAAAACCCUUACUUCAAGGGUGAGUACAGCGAAACCGGUUUCGUCACCAAGCCCGGUCACCCAGAAGAGAUCGAAGGUGAGGAGGACCAAUUGGUCAAUCCUGAACACUUGGGCGCUCCUUUCGUUAUCACCCACAACAAGGGAUCUUUCACUGGAAUCCAAAUUGAUUCCGAGGAGCCCCUGUGGAUUGCCAACUACAAAAAGAGCAUUGCCAGCCAGUUGCAACUGGAUAUCACUGGUGUCCGUCGUGAUGGCGUUUUCAACUAUGAAGCUAUCCCCGAGGAGGAAGAGACCAAGACUUUCACCGUCUUCGAGGAUUCCAUCACCGGUGACUGCAGUACCACCAUCACCGUUACUCGCCUGCCUUUGUCUCAAGUCCAAAUCACCGAUGCCUUCAAGUUGGGCUCAUUCGACGCCGUUUGCCAGGACAAGCCCGUCUACAAGAUUGUCAAGACCAAGGACUACAACCGUUGCCAGAACAACCCCGUCUGGUCCACUGCCAACCCCUCCACCCACUCCUGUGAGUUCGGCAAGGCUAACUGCGGUGAUUUCAUGAAGCGCUCCACCGUCUUCAAAUACAUCGCUUGCGGUGAGGCUUGGCCUAAGGUCACCUACGUUCACGCCAGCGGUUUCAGCGAUUUGGUUGCUCAGCCCUUCGCCACCGAAACCGACGCUUUGACCAACUCUGUCAUCAUCGACUGGACUUUGGAGAAGAUGGAAAGCAUUGGCUCCCGCUUCGCCGCUCCUUCAUCCCCCAAGGAACACAAGACUUUGUCUUACGUCUGGGGUGACUUCAACCAAUUGAACCACGAUGGAACCCCCGUUCAGCCCAACUUGGUUGACGCUUACAUCAAGAGCCCCGUCGCCGUCUCUACUCUGCACAAGAACAUCAUCGCUGCUCUCCGUACCGUCGCCAAGGAUCUGAAGGAGACCCCCGAUUCCGAAAAGGACAACAUUGAGCGUUUGGCCGUCAUUGGCCGCGUUCUGCCCAUGUUCUCUUUGGAUGAACUUAAAGCCUUGUGGCAAGAAGUCAAGACCCUUGACUACGCCACUAUGACUUUGUUCGUCGACUGCGUCGUCCAGUCUGGCAGCAACCCCGCUGUCAUGUUGAUCAAGGAAUUGGUUGAAUCCCAGCAGAUCACCGGAGCUAAGGCCACCUGGGCUUUGGCCGCUAUCGGCUACUUUGCCAAGACCCCUACUCGCCAGCUUCUUCAUGAACUCAUCAACCUGCUCAAGUCUGGCCCCGUUCAAGCCAGCAUUGAAUUGAAACAGACCACCAUGACCACCAUUGCCGAUCUGUUGCACAACGCUUGCGGCUCUCGUUUCUUGGCUGCCAAGAAAUACCCCGUUUCCGUCAUGGGCGACUUCUGCGACCGCAAGGACACCGUCAUCAUCGAUGAAUUCUUGCCUUUGUUGACCAGGGAAUUCGAGUCCAGCCAGAGCUCCGUCGACCGUAUCGUUGCCUUGUCCGCCUUCGGAUCUUUGGGUGUUGAGGAAAUCGUUCCUAUUCUGAUGCCCAUCAUCCGUGGAACUGCCGGCAAGUACGAUGACACCGCCGAGCGUGUUCGCGCCAUCCUCUCCCUCCAACGCGUUGUUUUCGUUGUCCCUGAAAAGAUCCACCCCAUCUUGGCCAGUUUGGCUAGCAAUGUUGCUGAACGCCCCGAAGUCCGCAUGGCUGCUUUGGGUGUCCUCUUCAUGUCAAACGCUCCCCAAACCUGGUGGCAGAAGUUCGCUUCCAGCACCUGGUUCGAACCUAACCGCCAGUUCGCCUCCUUCACCCACAGCCUGAUCGAGUCUGUUAUUAACAUGCCUCCCUCUGCCCCCUUCUUCGAGGAACUGAUCCAGAAGGCUACCGUUGCCUGGCCCAUGGUUAAGCCCGCUCCUUUCGGUCUUCCCUACUCCUUUGCCGAUAUCCGUUCUUCCUACUUGGAUGAAGGUAUCGCCGUCAUGAUGUACACUCCCAGCUACCGCGUCUCCGAUGAGCACUGGCCCGUCUACAUGGCUAACCGCUAUUACUACCAGCUCGGCCCCUUCUCCGCUGAUGCCGGCACCGUUUACUUGUGGAACUACAACAUGUCCGAAGUUUGGCAGAACAUCUUCGGCAAACUUUUCGGCCGUCUCACCAACAAAUACGAAUCUGCUUCCUCUGGCAAAGCCCGUGAAAGCAUUGGAAACAUGAAGGGCAUCUGGGAUGAGCUUAACGCCACCGCUCGCCCUGCUGACAAACGCGCUGGACUUUUGCACAUCAACCUGAUGGGCUCCGUCAACCGUUUCAUCAACUUGGAGAAAUUCGAAGAAUCCAUCCCCGCUAUGAUGACCGAGGCCAUGAAGUACCAGAACAAACCCUACGAAGUCAGCGUCACCAAGUACCGCAUGCUGGCCGAAUACAACGUCCGCUUCCCCACCAUGUUGGGCUUCCCCAUGCGCUUCUUGGCUACUCUGCCCAUCCUCGUCUCCAUGCAAGGUAACAUGAAGGGUGACGGUAAGGGCGGCAUCCAGUCCGACGUCGCCGCUGAAUUGAGCUGGAAGUUGAGCUCCGAGAUCCGCGUUGAACUUCCCUUCAACGGAAAUUACAUCGCUUCCGGAGUUGAUGUCCGCGUUGAUUCCCGCGCUCCCAAGGAGUUGAACUUCAACUACCACCCCAACGGUCAAAUCAAGGUGACCUGGACCCCUGGAAACAAGGUUACCGAUCUCCUCUACUACCACGUCAAGCCUUACACUGUCAGCCGUAACUUGGCCGAUAGCAUCAAGCCCACCCUCGAAGACAAAGCCACCACCAUCAUUAGCGUGACCAACAAGCCCGUCAAGCGUGAAUUCUCUUUGGGUGAACGUUUCGGCGCCAACAUCAAGCUCAUUGAACACAGCGAAGUCAAGUUUUCCGAUAAGCUCACCUGGUGGCAAUGGUUCCAGAAAUGGGACAUCAACGGUUAUUCCAACCUUGGAUUCGUUCCUCUGGAAGUCCACAACCGCAAAUACGUCCUGCGUUACGAUCCUUCCGGCACCCGUGCCCGCGCUGUUUCCUUCUACAUGCAAUACCAAUACGCCACCAAGACCUGCGAACACACCGUCGUCUACGAUUCCGAAGCUUCCAAAUCCAGGACUCCUUCCGAGCCCGAGAUUCUCUCCACCUCCCCCAUCGCUCCUGAAUUCCGCCCCGCUCUUGGUCGUCUCUUCAAGAACUUGGAGAGUGGCAACGCUCACCUCGUGAGAUCUGGACUCAUCGCUGAACAGAAGGAUGGCACUUUCAUCUACUUCAACGCCACCGUUGGUGUUGCCAAGGAUGCCUGGUACACUAAGGACUUCACCGAUAUCCAAAUCGAAAAGUACACCUCUGCCGGACCCACCGUUCGUGCCAACAAGAAGGUCGACUAUGCCAUCUGCCACACCGCUACCCGCAACUGGAACAAACCCCCCACUUACGGAUUCAGCAAGGAUGUUCUCUACAUGACCGAAGAGGACCAGAUUGGUUUCGGAGAACAAUGCGAUCAGUCCAAGCUUCGCUUCAAGGCUAAGGUCUACCGCGACGAUUACGCUGCUAAGGCCGCCAUGUACAGCCCUGCUGGCCAACAAUGCCAGAAGGAUUUGCACACUGGAUUCAUGUACGGCAGCCCCGCCUGCACUGAAGCUCGCCGUAUGGAUCAGACUUACAACAACUACGAAUUGAGCGUCGAGUCCGACAACUUGCCCGAGACUUUCGUUCAAUGGAUCCACGCUGCCCGUCAAUGGAUCAACCACAAAGUUUAUCCUUUCACCGUCAAGCACAUCCAAGGACAAUCCAACCCUGCCAACCGCGCCAGCUGGAUCGUCAAACGUGAUCCCUUCACUGGAGCCAGCAACAUGACUUUCGUCCGUCCCACUGAAACUUUGGUGGCCUGGAACGUCCGCCGUGGUGAUAAGAACAUCAACCAAUGGGCUCGCUUCUCUCCCAUGACUUUCGCUUACUCCAAGGUCUUCUACCCAUUGAGCGCCGGAAGCAACUUCAUCCGUGACGCUGCCAGUUUGACCACCGGUGGUGUUUCCGAGUCCCGUUGCUAUGUUGGUCCCGAUGCCGUCUACACUUACGAUGGUGCCCACUACAACUACACCAUCAACGAGUGCCCCCACGUUUUGAUGACCGAUUGCCACAAGACUUCCGAGAUCGCCGUCACCGCCCACCAGGGUAGCGAAGGACAAAAGAUCGUCACCGUCAUCUACGGAAAGGACACCGUCGAGUUGGACCCCACUGGCUAUAUCACCAUCAACGGAGACAAGAGCGAGCUCAAGAGCUUGGAUAAGGAAUCCCGCUUCGAAAUCCGCGAACAGGGAGCCAAGGAAAUCAAGGCUGUUAUCUUCCCCCACGCUGAUAGUAUCAUCAUGGAGAUCAAGAAACAACACUUCUUCAUCAAGGUCCAAGGAUCUCACGUUGAGAUGACCGCUCCCCAGUACCUGCGUGGUAGAACCUGCGGUGUCUGCGGUGAUUUCAACCAGGAGAUCGCUGGUGAAUUCAAAACUCCCGCCCGUUGCGCCGUCUCUGGUGGAGAACUCAUGGCUGCCAGCUUCAAGCUGAACUCCAAGGGAUGCUCUUCCAACGAAGAUCAGGAGAUCUCUCGCCGUCUGCAAAAGGAGACCGAGACUUGCCAGAUGAUCGACCAACAGUACCACACUCACUUGCCUGAAUAUGAUAUCAAUGCUCCUACCAAGUGCACCCGUUUCGAGAAACUCACCUACGAAGGUGUCUCCCACAAGGGUCAAUGUGAAUCCGUUGAAAUGAAUGCUUUCUGCCAACCCGGCUGCAAGCCUUUCAUGAUGAUCAGCAAGCCUUUCACCUUCAAGUGCCAAGGUGAUUUGCAGGACUUUGUCAGUCCCAUGACCGUGCCCAGCUCUUGUAUUACUGCCUAAGUGGUGGUAUUACGCGUUUCGGUAGAAAUACCUGAUGCAAGAGUAACUGUUUUGAUUAAUUAUUCCUCCUACUGUUCUCGAUUGAUUCGCUAGUAACAGUUUAGUUUAUUCUUUCAAACAGCUCUAUGUACGUGGUCUGUUUUAUGUAAAAUUUGGUUAUUACGAAGAAAAUAUACAAGUAGUGGGCAAUGCA